ACUGGUCAUCUCCUCUCCUACUGCACCCAUCUUUGGUCAUCCUCUCUUUGGGAUUAUGGCGAAACUUUCGUUGUGGCCCUCGACAUCUCCAAAGCAUUUGACAGGGAAGAUGUCAGCCAUCCCACCAGCAACAGAGCAACAGCAACCUACUGAAGCCUCUCGCCUAACCAAUGAUCAGGUGGAAGGGGCAACAGGGAUGUCAGGAGGGACAGAAGAGAAUGGUAGUUUGGUUGAAAUAAACACACAGGACCUCAACUUUGAUCUACAGAUGGUCCUGGAUGGGUUCACACAGUGUAAAAGAGAUGAUGGACAACUUUACAUGGAUGGAUACCUGCGUGCAUACAGUGAAGUAAACAAAUUCUUAAAAAUCCUUGGGAUGGUUUUCAACUUUGUCUCCCAUGAUAUUCAAAAGAAGGUCACAACUCUCCAGUGUUACCGCAAAGGAGGUGCAGGAGAUUACUAUUAUUCAAUUCAGUCCAUGAUUGAAUAUGAGAGAGAAAACAAUCUCUUGACCAGCAGUGACCAACAGUCUGGGUCCAGAACCUUGUUGAGACUCCACAGAGGACUUGAAUUCAUCACUGGUUUUUUCUCUGAAAUCCACAAAGCUACAGACGAAACUGGACUGGGUACCAUAUCCUCCGAGUUGUAUGGCCGUACCCUGUCUAAACACCAUAACUGGGUAUUGGCAAAAACUGUUAGCACUGUCCUUCUCAUGAUGCCAACGAAGCAAACUAUCAUUGAGCGGGUUGUACUAGGAAGUAAGCCGAUAACUGGUGGCAACUCAGCGAUUCGUGCACAUAAUGAGGCCCUCAUGCCCAAGGUGAUUGACGUUAUGAACUCUAUCUAUAACUUGACCCAGAAACUAUAUGAAGACUAUGGACUUUUGGAUUUGCCUUAAGUUGAAGAAACCAGGAAAUGAAGGGUUAAAUGGUACUGGAACUGGUAUAGAAAAUAUGAAUUAUGUUAGAGAUAAUGACCAAUAUGUAAUCAGUAUAAAAAGCAGUUGAAUAUGCAUCUUGUCAUUCUGAUUUAUUUUGUGAAGGGAAAAUUAUGCAAUCUGUCACCACUGAAUGUUUGCACAGCCAAGUCUUGUGUGUACAUUCCACUUGGACUGAAAAAUGUGAUCAUAUAGGUUACAAACACAUAGUACCAGUGUAUGCCGUGUAUAAAGGUAAGUAUAAGUAUUUUUAAGUUUUAAUAAUGUAAAGUGAUAGUGACUAAAUUUAUGAAAUACAAUAUUACAUAUCAGAGUAUUCCAGUUGCUAGGUAGUUAUGGAGCCAUAUAACCAAAAUCUUCAUUGUUAGAGGUGUAUAACAUUAUUUUUUUAAAUUACUUUUAUAUAUUCAAUGCACAAUAAUACUUUACUCCCUUAUCCUGUAUGAGAUGUUUAGCAUCAGGGUGAGAUGAAAGUUUGUCUGGUGGGAGCACAGUUGCUAUCAGGUUGGCAAAGUGACCUGCAUAGAAUCACUUAAGGGCAUUGAAAUGAGCUUCCUCUAAUGUUAAACCCCAGACCUGGCAGAAUUAGUUAUCAGUGCACUUAUGAACAGGCUGUCAUCUUCAUAAUUAAAAAGGUCCAGGUUUUUCUCUUUCCUUAUGGAAUGGUAAGAUUGUGAUUAACUGUAGCAUAGAUAAUCAAAAUUCUUGUUUAUGUCCCUCCUUAAUCAAGUUAUUGUUAUAGAAUUUCAAAGUAUGUCUUAAGGGUUUAUGAAGACUCCACAUUAUAAGAAGUAUCACAAGUACUACACAUAUUUGUGUUGUAUUUCACACCAAAACCACUGUUAGUGCCUGCAUUAGUGAAACAGGAUGUGAUGUACAGUAUUUCUUAGUCCUUCACUAGUAAUGUUAGUAAGGACUAGGACCAGUACUGUGUGAAGCAAAGGAUCACCCAGCCAGGUUAGCAUUACAUAAUUUGUUAUAAAAGAGAGAAAUCUCUGUUUUGUUGAUUUUUCAGAGGAUUAACUCACAUUUACAAUGUACACAUCAUGAUUACUAUCUUGAUUCAUUUACUUUUACCCAAAAGGAUGUUAGUUAAGCCAACCAUAAUGUAUGAGUUCCUAAGAUGUGUCAGGAGUUCUUAGCUACCACUCAGAAAUUUAAGAUCAUGCAUAUGCUGUGGGAAAUUUUGAACUUUUAACUUGAUUCUCAAAAAGAUUUCAGCAUUGUCAGAGGAGUUAAUGAUGAUAAAAGUGUUAUAAGUGAGUUCUCAAUCAAGCACAUUGGAUAGUGCAUCUUUAUAUUUAAAAAUUCUUGCCAAAUACGUAAGUCUCAGCACAUACUGUACCGUAGACAUAAAAAGAAUAUUCACCAUGAUUGGUGAAGAAUCAUUCAUACUUAAUGAAUCUUGAAUAUAAAUGAAGUGGUGGCAGCAUUCCCUGUGCUUGUUUAAUGGACUAAAGAGCCUACUGAUGUUUGUUGCUCUCAUAUGCCUGCCAUUCCUAAUACAUCUUUAGAUAUAAUUAACAGGAUAUGCAAUGAUUUCUUCAAUUACUUAACUGAGUUAAAAGAAAUGCCAUGUAAUUAGCCAUAAUGCUUGUUUUGUAAAAAUAUUAAUUUAAGGAGAAUAAAAGAGGGAUAAAUAAAUGUGUAUGAAGUGUGUAUGCAUAGAGGAAUCAUCAGGAAUAUGUGGAGAUCAUGUUGUGAAAGUUUUGUCUGUACUGCUGUGUUUAUACAGUACCAGGAAUCAGUGCCUAGUUGUAGACAGAUAGAAUAAAUCUCUUGACAGAGGAAAUAACUUCUUGUUAACUACUGGAUAUGGUAGAAUAGGCCAAUUAUGUCUGGCAUGUCUUGGCUAGUUUGUGUAAACAGUUAAGUGAAUAACUACAGCUCAAUCCCUCAUUGAUUAUAUUAGUUUUCCAAAAAUUUGGAUUUGUGUAUGUUAAGAAUACUCUCAUAGCCAAAGAGCAUUCUAUACUUUGUUUAAUUGGUUAUCAGACCUUAGGUUGCAGGUCUCAAAUCUGACAUUUUUAAAUAAAUAAUCAAAAUUUCUUGUCUAUGUCUGUGUAUGAUUUUUAGUUCAAUUACAUUCCUUGAGGAUUUAAAUUUCAAUACUAUACUGUAUUUGCAUGUGUAAGUACUUCAUGUGCUAGGACACUAUAUAAGACCAAUAAGUUAGCAGUUGUGCAUGGGCUAACUUGGUAUGUAGCAAGGUGUGUAUAUUAGGUAAAUGAUGAUUAUGACGUAGUUGGUGGCUCCAAACAUAAAGCUGUUCAAUGUGAUACAGUAAUAGAUGAAACACCUGUAUCAAAUUCAUAAAUUGUGCUGUGUUGUGCAGUACAGUAUACUCAAACAUCAGUACAACCGAUUUGCAUUGAUCGCAAACCAUAACAAAUUGGUUGUACUCAACGAUAUUUGAGUAUACAACAACCGAGUCAAUUUAAUUUUUUAAAACCUGAUGUUUCUUGACUUCCCAUCAUCAUGGUACAUAGGUGAAACUGCUUCAGUAUUUUACAAAACAAAUUCGUUUGGUUGUCAUAUAUGAAAACCCAUUUAUUUUGGUUUGUGAUUAAUUACCUACUGCUAUGUCAGACACAAGAGAACUAUUUUAUGAAGGCAUUUGUCUGAUGAAACUUGUUGGUUUAAAUAUUCCUAUUGGUCAAUGGUAAUAAAUGAAGCUGGUGGAA